ACAACCUUUGGGUUCUUCCCGACCACUCUGCACCCCUGCUCUUCCCUAGUUCCCUCCACGCUCUCUAAACCCUAAACCCUGCACGCCGCGAUGCUCCGCCGCCGCCGGGGCCCGCUCCUCCUCGUCGCCGCAGCGGGCGCCGCCGCCGCGGCUGCGCCCGCCGUAUCCCCCUCCGAAGAAGGCCGCCGCGGCGCCCCCUCCGUGCUCCACGGCGUCGCCCGCUCCUCCCGCGCCGUCUACACGAUUGGCUUCGUGGUGGUGGACUACAAGUACUCGCUCCGCGGGCUGGCUCAUGGAUCGGCGGAUUACCGGGAUAAGCGCUCCGAGGUUCAUUUGCGUUCAGCAAAAAGGCUACUUAAACUAUGCGAGGCAAAUAGAGGGUUUUAUGUAAAAGCUGGUCAAUUUGUUUCAUCACUAAGACAAGUACCAAAGGAAUAUUCAUCAACGCUCUCUUGCCUACAAGAUCAGGCAACUCCGUGCAAUUUCCAAGAUAUCAAAACAGUGUUGGAGCAGAAAUUUGGCAAUGAUUUACAUAGCAUAUUCCUGGAUUUUGAUGAACAUCCGAUUGCUGCUGCAUCAAUUGCUCAGGUUCAUCGAGGUCGGUUGAAAAACAAACAGGAAGUAGCUGUAAAGGUUCAAUAUCCUGGGCUGGAGCAGCGCAUGAAGAUAGACAUAAUGACUAUGUCUUUCUUGUCAAAAUCUGUCUCUUGGAUUUUUCCUGAUUAUAGGUUUGAGAAGUUAUUGACUGAAUUUGAGAGAACCAUGUCAAUGGAACUAGAUUUUACACAAGAGGCUAAAAAUUCUGAGAGAACAGCUAGCUGCUUCAGGAAAAAUAAUGUUGUCAAAGUACCACAAGUGUUUUGGGAACUAACAAGCAAGGAGGUUUUGACAAUGGAAUUUUGUUCUGGCUACAAGGUUGAUAACUUGGACUCCCUAAGGAAAUCAGAUAUCAGUCCCAGAAAGGUAGCUGAAGCAUUAAUUCAACUUUUUGGGGAAAUGAUAUUUGUACAUGGUUUUGUUCAUGGUGAUCCUCAUCCUGGAAAUAUAUUAGUUUCUCCUCAAGGCCAAGGGAGAUUUUCAUUAGUGCUGCUUGAUCAUGGAAUUUAUAAAGAAUUAGACCAAAAGUUCAGAUUGAACUAUUGUCAGCUGUGGAAAGCAUUGAUAUUGUUGGAUUCUCAAAAAAUUAUGGAGUUAGGUGAACAGUUUGGUGUUGGUAAAUAUGCUAAGUACUUUCCUGUACUAUUCACUGGGAGGACUAUAGAAAGCAAAUCAAUUCUAGGAACACAAAUGUCUAUUGAAGAGAGAAUGCGUUUAAAGCAGGACCUGAACUCUCUGGGAAUGGAUGAUAUAUCUUCAUUUAUGGAGUCUUUGCCACCUGACUUUCUCACCAUACUUCGAACAGAUGGAUUGCUGAGGUCAAUUUUAGGGAAUCUAGGGGCACCACGUCAUGUGCGACUUCUUACCUAUGCAAAAUGUGCUAUACACGGCCUUGAAGAGCAGUCCAAAUUGCAAUCAGGCCCAAUCAAGCGUACGAUCUUACAGGUCAAAAUAAGCAUUAGCUAUCUUCAUGUGAGGAUACUUAUCGAAUUAGCAGGGUUCUUAAUGCAAGUUAAUGAUCUUAGUCAGAAGGUCAUGAGCAGAUUCAGACGGAUGCUCCAGAAGACUAGCUGAGAUUUAGUUUCUUGUGAUGUUGAGACCUCUCAAGUGAUAUCCUGAAGUCGGACAAGCCGGCCGAACAAGACAGGAAACAACCCGAAGCGUUUAGUAGACUUUUAGGUACAUUAACCGUACAGUUCGUUAGAACCUUUGGAUUCUGAUGUUGAUGAAUUGUGUGAUCACACCUCCAUUAUAUGUAAACACAAAUUUGGACUCUGGCUAAUGCUAAUUUGCCGUGAAUGAAGUCUUUAAUUUCAUGUAGG